GGGUUUACUUUCUGAGAUUCAAUUAAUUCUGCCGCGGUGUUAUGUAGGCCUAUAUAUUUGCAAUAGUGCAGUCGUUAGGACGUGGAUGGGGAUGCCCGCUGCCGUUUUCACUGCUGUGCAUAUUAGGAUGGCUAUAUGGCUGCAUCGUUUCUUUCUGUGUGAAUCGGUGAUUAGGCACGUGAUAGCUAGGUGAUGCAGGUUAUGAUUAAAUAUGAUGCGGUUGAUGUCCGAUUCCUUUAGGCCUAGAUGACGGCUGGUGAUCGUUCAGAUAAUGCUAAUUAUCUGGCUAACUUGUUUUGAGUGUCGCGCCGGGGUGUACGUAGCCUUUGCGUUUGUUUGAAUUACAGGAUCGAAGCUAUCGUAGCCUGUUUAAGCUUGUUAACGGGUUCACCCUCGACAGUGAGCGGUGAAGGUCAGUUCUUUUCUUUCUUUAUUUUUUUUCGGGGGGGGGGGGGGGCAUUUUCUGGCUAUGAGCAGUUCCGAAUUUCUGUGCUGUGCACUUUUGUAGUCCUGCUCGUGCAUAUAUAUUGUUGGGUGGCGUUCUCUGCUGCUUGUAGCACGUCCUGUAUAUUUCUUCAUCUGAGCCUCUGACGUGGGCCAGGUGGUAAAUGACAUGCGCGUACAGCAUCCGAAGAACAAAUUCUUUGCGAUGCUCAAACGGCCGCAAUUGUCCGCUACAGGCGUUCGGGGCGACAUCUCGUGACGCUCGUUACGUUCAACCACAGUGCAACGUUCUGGUCUCGCAUCGAUGUUCCCGUCAAAGGCAAGAGGCAUGACACGUCCAUCAACAUUACGUUUCCGCCGACGUGCACAUGCGUCGGCAGCUGGGUAAGACGCAGUCGAUCAGCGCACAGCUGCGAGUGUUAUUGUUGGCCAGUCAGCUUCGCAAGGUGUUGCCGCGAGCACCGUGGCUCACGUCUACGUAUUAAGCUAUUCCGUAAACGGAAAGUAGGCGUCCGGUUAAGCAACUCUUACGCCGAAAGUAAGCAUUAUUCUAGGUUAAAACAGAACGAGAACACAAGCACCAGUGAAAAGAGGACUGUCGUUUGUCAUCACUUUGCUCGUCCUAUUUCUUUAUUUCUUUCUUUCUUUCUUUCUUUCUUUCUUUCUUUCUUUCUUUCUUUCUUUCUUUCUUUCUUUAUAGCGCUAGAACAAUUCGUAGUCUCAAACAGCGGAGACGAGAGUGCUGCUAGCGUUUCUAAAAUUAGUUAUUUCGAUAUCAAGAAAAUAUUCGUGCUAAACAAGAAAAAUUAUUUCACGUAUACCGUCUUCCGUCUUCCAAAAAACAAAUCUCCUUGUUUUCCGUAAAGAAAGAUGAAGAUCGCGUGCACAAAACCGCACGUGAGCUUGCGUUCCACACCGAGCGUGCCAGAAGCGGAGCCUGCCACGUUUCUGCCAACUCCGCUCUCACCUUGCAACAUCGCCGAGACGAAUAAGAGUUUAUUGCGGCUUCCGCACGAUGGCCAUUUGCCGUACCCGCGAAGAAAAACGGCGGCAGCGUCGAAACCAGCUGGAUGGUGCGGCGAAGAGCACCCCGUCUACGUACAACCAUGACAGCGAAGACAUGGGCGUCGCGUAUACCGACGUUAGCGACGGCGGCUUCGGUAUGAUCUCGGUCGCGUCGCCUAGCACUGCGCCGCCGUUCUCAGUCGUGGCGCCGCCUUCCGUCCGUGACUCAGGGUUGCCGCGUCUGUUCGGCCUCUGCCCCGGUGUCGUCGCCGAUGAACAUGUCUGCUACUGGACCGAGAAGUACGACAACAUCGUGGUCGACUUGCAAGCUGCCAUCCACGAUUACAACAUCGAUGCACUCCCGAAGACCCAACACGCUCGAUCACUGCAGCGCCGGGAGCCAACUGCUAGCUACGAGAAUGUCCACGAGAAAAAGAGCAGCGCCAUGGGUAAGCCGAACGCUGGCGUCUACGGCGACGACGACGACGAUGAGGCACUGCUGUGCGCGAAGAACACCGAGAGCUGCGGCAACGCACUGCUGGACCCGACAGCCGCCGAGCAUGACCCGUGGGGAGGACUCGGUGACGGUCCCGUGGUCAUUACUUACGGGACGGUGUCCGUCGGCAGUACAGUUCCCAACAAGAGUUGCCCCCACGGCGGACCGCACGAUGCGCGUCUUGGUCGCUGAGCACCGAGGACCACACGAGCCCGUGCGGUCGUGCGCCGCGUAAUCGAGCCAUCAUUCACGUGACAACAGGAAGCCGCCAGCUAUGGUAUCCAGAAGCAGGAUCACGGGCGUGGCUUCCGAAUCACGGACUCGUUUACCUGGUGGACGCCUCCGGGACGAUGUCAACCAGAACGAGUGUUCCGUAAAGUUUGUUGACGCUUAUUUUGUUUGAAAAAAUGUCUGUAUAGCACGUUAAAAUUAUUACCCUCCA